AUGAAGAGUCAUCCGGACAAAUUUCCCAUGUCUCCUGCAGAUGGCAUCUCUUACAUAUUUGCAUUUUACUGCGGCGGGCUUUGCAUGGGUGUAUUCAUCUUCAUCAUUUACAGUGUAGUAAAGAAGAACAGACCGUGGAUUAAUCCAAGCGGUGCUGUUCCUACAAUGCUUGGUGGUGUCAUAUUUGCUUGUGGAAUGAGUGCAUUUGUCAUUGCCAUCGAUAAUCUGGAUCAAUCAAUCGCAUAUCCGAUUUGUGCAAUGGCGCCAAGCCUCGUUGUUCUCAGUUGGAGCAUCCUUUACUUCAAAGAAAUUACGGGUCGACGAAAUUUGAUGUGGUUGGCGAGUGCAUACGGGUUUACUCUUGUAGGAGUAAUGAUCAUCACGCUUUCGAAAGAAUACUCCCUCAUUUAA